AUGAAUUUGGCCAGUCGUCCAUUUGCUGAAAUGAAGGAAGAAAGUCAUUUUCAAGAGGGAGAUGAAGUUCUAUUUAUGCCUGGUAGUGCUUUUGCUGUUGAGGCCAUUGAAUUAAAUGAAAAAAGUCAAUUAUAUACUAUAAAAUUAAAACUCUGUGAUGAUGACGAGAUACAAAAAGGAUUCCAUAAGAAAAAUAUAUUUAAAGGUGAUCGUGAUACUGUUCGAGAAUUGUUCAAUCAUAUGGGAACUAGUACAUUAGUUCAUGAAUGUUCAAAUUUGGAUCAACUUUAUAAUCAUAUGAUAAAAUUAUUUUCGUUUGAUAAAUUAAUUGAAUUCGAUUAUCUCAAAGCAAUGGGUUCGAUAUAUUUUAAGAACAAAAAUUUUCAAUUGUCGAUUCAUUAUUUUGAAAGAUGUUUAGCUUUAUCACAAACAAUUGUUCACUCAGAAGAGAAAGAUAUCGCUGAAUUAUAUUGUUCGAUUGCUGAAUCGCACUAUCGAUUGAGAAAUUAUAAUCAAACAAUUAAUUUUUAUCAUAAAGCACUUAAUCUCAAUUCAUUGCCUUCAUCAAAAGUUAUUAUGCCUCAUUCUUAUUUAGGAUUUUCAUAUUUAACAAGAGCAGAUUGGAGUAAUGUUGAUGAUAUAUCAUCAGCAAAAUACCAUCUUCAACAAGUGUUAUACAUUGAUUUAGAGAAUGAAAUAUUAGGUGAUGGAAAGAUCAUUGAUAUCUAUCAAGCAUUGGGUGAUAUUAAUGAGUAUCAAAAUGACCCGAAUUCAGCACUGGAUUAUUAUACACAAGCACUUGAAUUAUGUGAAAGCAAUCAAUGGACUGAUGACUCUAAUGAAUUUAAAGAGAAAAUACAAGCGAUAAAAUCACAUAUAACUGAAUCUGAACAAUGCAAGACAUAA